UUAUCGCAGGUGGUGUUGUUGGUGGUGUAGCUGGUAUAGCAAUCAUAGUUGCAGGUGCCGUAUAUCUCAUGCGCCGUCGUGCAAAAGCACAAUACAGUCGCGGCCUACGUGGGGAAUCGUCAGUUGAUUCUUCAUUUAUGAGGCAGUCUAUAUCUCAACGCAUAGUGCCGAACAAUUUUGAGCGACCAUACAACCCGGAUGAUCCUAACACAUACCCCACUCAUUUACUCAGUUCAGUCACAUACAACAACAGCUCCGACUCACAGCCCAAUAUUUGGUCAUCUAUGCCUAACGCCCAGACCAAUCACCCACGCUCUGGCGCUUAUACCGGCUUGGCUCAAAUUUAACCCUCUUGUCAUUGCUUUCUUUGAUGGGUGAAUGUCUUUUACAUAUUCUGUUUUUCCUUGGGGUAGCUCCCAAAACUUUCAGCUUGCUCGGACAAAGCACGACUCAUGAUUAUCACUAUUUAUGGGGUAAGAGCCCUAGGUGAUUACGGAUAGAAGUAUACAGCCAGUCACUGUAUGUAGUAUACGGUCUGCCAGGGAGCAGGAGACACAUGUCAUAUCGGAUAGACGUAUAUGGCCGGCCGUGACUAUAGUACACUGUCUGUCAGCCACAAAACGUUCAGCAUGCCUUGCGGCAGCAUAAUGCACAACAACGAUCGGAUAUAGUUUGUGUAUUACCAUAAAAGCAAUCGCAGUGGCGCGAGGCUCCGGUUUUGA